CACUACAACUUCACGAACCUUAAAGAAACAAUUGAAAGGCCCUACACUUGAAAAUUUAAGCGGCAUGCCAACCCAGAAUUCCUACCAUCUAAACCAGAAAAGGCUAUGGAGAUUUGUGGGAUUUAUGUCAAGUGUCAAUGGAUUUCUCUGUUAUGCUAAGAGUUCCUCUUUCAAACGUCUAUUUGGAGAGUGGAACUUGUUGAAGAUCAUUCUUUACACCCUGUUAAGUUUCAGCAUCAGCAUCAUCAUGCUAUUUCCCAAGAAAUACAGGAUUUCAAGGAGCUUCUUGCUUAAAGCUUACGUGGGUGUUCUGGUUUUGCUACUAACCUCUCUCUACUCAUUUUUCUAUGAUAAAUCUAACAAUGGAAAACCAGACCUACUAGGCAUUUUUUCGAGUGCUUCUUUUGCUUUGAUGUCUUUGUCCCUGUCAUGGCAAAUUGAUCUUGGCUUUGAAGCUGAGCUCCUCAGUUUCUUCCUUGGAUGCCUAACUGUUCAACUCAUGAAGAUCAACUUGAUGUUUUCCAUCGUUGCAGCCAUCUUUUGCUACUCUCUCAUGAUUCUUCGUUCCAAAUCGGAAUCUCAAUCGCAUGUUGGAACACUAAGAACGCAAGACCAUGUAACAGUAGAAAUCGGAGCUACAGAUGGAGUAGUUGAAAGAGGAGAUGAUGACUACUUAAACUCCUUCCAAUAUCUCGAACAACAAAAGCAGGAUGAUGGAUGCAAUUGGAGAAAAUAUGAAGAGAAACUGAUGCACGAGUAUGAAGAAUUAAUAGGCUAAAAGUAUUCAUUCAAAUAUAUUUAUAAUAAAUUUUGUGUUUAUUUUUUCUUUAGGGUCUUUUAAGAUUAAGAGGUAUAUCCUUGUCAUGCUAUUUAUUUAUUCUUUAUAAGGAAUGAAAACUUUUA